UUCUAUAGCACAGUAAACGAUUGGGCUCUAUCUGUAUAAGUUACUGGAGUGCUGAUUGUCACUUUAUGUACGUCGCUGUAGAUAUACAAGAAUGGUCAGCGUUUAGACUUAGUUUAAGCUGCAUGUGGGCUGCUAGAGAUUUGUAAAAUUUCCGCAAUCAAGUUUCGUUAUUGUCGUUUAUCAUCUUGUUUGCCAAGUGCCCUUGUAGAAUCUUGUCACAUGUCACUAGCCGCUACCAGGCUUCACAUAACACUGGAAAAAUGGUAGAAAUUGUCCAAAUAGACAGAAAAUGCGUUAGCUGGCCCCAAAGUGCAAACCUCACCUUUGUCGCUAUGCUAUAGUCGUCAAUUUUAGUUUCAAUGAGGGUAAUCAGGUAUGUAAACUUUGACCUACCACCACCGGAAAUACUGACCCUUCACUAAGCUUGCCGGCCAGUUUCAACGGGGGACGGACUUGAUCAUUCCUCUUCAUCUGGCACGUUUUUGAAGAGGAUUCAACGCUUUAUUGGCUCAACAACUAUCCUCAAACACUGUUAAGACCUUUGUCUCAUGUUGUCUGGUUUCCCCUCAUGCAAAUCAGCACAUGUAAAACCAUUGUACUUCCAUUUGUUUCGCUGCCAAGUACAACCUGCCGAACCGGUUUUACCCGCUAUCCAGUCACUAUAUACUAGCCACUCUGUUAGUAUCUACUCUGAAGCCGUGAGGAUCUGUGUCGACGCGAAGACAUCGCGUAGUAGUUUGGAGCAUCAGCGUAUCUCGGAUCUGGAGUUUGACCAACAUGGCGACUAGAGCCGGAUCUCAUCCUAGGCAAGGGAAGGCAGAGACUGGACAGGAUUCUCACCGUACCCACAAGUGCAGCCAUUGCGACAAGGAGUUUCCCUUCAAAAGUAAGCUCAAUCAACAUCUGCGAAGCCACACUGGUGAGAGACUAUACCAGUGUGGUGAAUGUGGUAAACGGUUUGGUCAGCUAGGUCACCUAAAUGGCCACAUGAGAACUCACACGGGUGAGAAACCGUACCGAUGCGAGGAAUGCAGAAGGCAGUUCAGAAGUUUGAGCGAGCUUAAGAGUCACAUGCGGAUUCAUACUGGUGAAAAGCCAUACAAGUGUGAACUUUGCAACAAAGGCUUCAGUCAGUCAAAUAAUCUGAAGACUCACAUGCGGACUCACACGGGGGAAACCCCAUACAGAUGCGAGGAGUGCAGCAAACAGUUUAUUACGCUGUCACAUUUAAAGAGGCACAUGUGGACUCACACAGGGGAAAAGCCGUACAUGUGUGAGGAGUGCAGCAAGCAGUUCACUACCCUGUCUCAUUUGAAGAGUCACAUGCGGACUCAUACAGGAAAUAAUCUUGCCGGUGAAAAACGUCGGUCAUGAAAAGUCAGGGUUUACAUUCUUGGUCACAAAAGAAAUUGCCGACUUCAACUCUGACCAUAAUGAUGAUAAUUGUUGUCAAGGAAGAAAACUACAUAUUACAUGGGGAUGUUAUGUUUGAUGUCACGGUUAUCUCUGGUAGAUAUGCUCCCAGGAUGUGUGUGUGUGUGUGGAGAAGGGUUCGAUUUUUCUUGUAUUAGUAGAAUGGUGAUAUCAUUAAACAGUCUAAUGCCUAGAUAACCACCGAUGUCGACAAGUUUCUGCACAUAGCACCACCUUCGCCUUUUGUCACACGAAUACAAACUUGCGACUUUGUAUCUGACUAAUUACUGUUCUUCUAGUUGUCACUAAUCGCUGCAAAUAUACUAGAUCAUUUGCAUAAGGAAUAAGUUGUAGCUAAUACAUUCAUUAAGAUGUUAAGUAUUUUAG